UAAGCCCAUAAUCUGUAUGGGUAAAGGAUCUGAAGUCUGUAGCUGCAGCUGCUUGAGUCACUGCAAAAGAGGGAUAUCCAAAGGGAAGUACAGCAGCUGACAUGAUCAAGGACCGUUCUGUCACCAACAGUGCCGUGUUGCAUGUUCACAACUUGGACAUGUGUUCUGUAUCAGUAGCUGAUUGAGCAGGAAGUACAGGUACCACAGCUUCUCCCUCCCUCCAGAUCCUUUCCCAAUCCAGUCAUCUGACUUCUUCCCCAACUGCUGUGAUGCACACCUCGAUUCCUGCUCCGCCAGAGCAGAUCAGGAAGGAGAAGCAAAUGGAACCUGCAGGCCAGAUUUGGGCCCAGAGACGUCCGAUGCCCACAGGAAGUUUUAACUAAGAAAUAAACUUGUCAGACUCCAGCUGAAUGAAACUGGCAAACCGCAAGCCUGGUUGUGUAACUUUCCAUAAUUGCACAGGCCAGCUGUUUUCUGAACCUUGAGGAACUGCCAAUUCCUUAUUUAAAGAGUGUUGCGCCGGCAGCUAACAAGGGCUCGGAAAGAUGGAAGAUGAAGAUGGAUAUAUGCAAAUAGAUCUGAAAAGCCAGCAACAGCGCUCCGCACCACUUCCCAAGUGCACCAAAGGUUCUUCCUCGAAUGUCUGGUGGAAAGUCGCUUUCAGCAUUGCUCUGGCAGGGAAUGUUGCUCUGAUCCUUGUUCUUGUUUUCCUUAGUCUUCCAAGUAAGAAGAUUCCACUUUCCCAGGACAUUUUUGCCAACAAACCUCCACACAACCAGAUCCGGAGUUGCCUGAAAAGAUGUGUCCCUUGCAGCUCGGAUAAGACGCGCACAACAGCCAAUCUGACUCUGGAUCCAAGCACAGCUCAUCCCCAGCUCUACGUAUCAGAAGAUCUGAAGAGUGUGAAAUGGAGAGGCAUGAAGCAAAAUGUGUCUGCUGGUCCCUUGAGAUAUGACGUGAUGGCGAGCGUCCUAAGCCACCAGGGCAUCAACUCGGGGAAAUUUUGUUGGGAAGUGGAAGUGGUGGAAGGGGGCAGUUGGUGGGGUGUGGGAAUCGUGAGGGAAGAUGCAAACAGAAAUGGGGCAAUUCGCCUUGCACCAGAGGGAGGGUACUGGGGGGUACAGCGUAUUGAUGGGCAGUACCAGUCAAUUACUGACAAUCCUAGGACGAAUUUGUCCUUAUGCCAUCACCCAAGUAGGAUCCGGGUUGCCCUGGACUACUCGGAGGGCCUGGUAGGAUUUUUUGACGGUGAUACUGAUGCCCAUCUCUUUACCUUUCCGAAAGCAAAAUUCUCUGGGGAAAAGGUCCAUGCCUGGUUCUUGAUUUAUGGGUGGAAUGGGGAGCUCACAGUCCAUCCAUGAGAGAAAGGAGCACCCCAAUGCUGUUCUUCUAGGGUCUGAAACCAUACUCUAUAGCUCUGGAAGGCUCUCAUACCAGAAUAUACUUUAUAGCCCAGCCACUCAACCACAGACUCAUAAAUACUAAGGAGGUAUCACUCAUGGCAUGGCUACUUGUCUACUAGACCCACACAGAAAAAGUGCUAUUUGAAGUUCUGUUUGACAUUCUGAAUAAAUGCCUGGUUUUUAUCCCAACAUACAGUUGCACAGGAAUACUGGUCAAGCUGCAAAAUGUUUGAGCUACUUGAUGACUUUGAAAGCCAUCCAGGGCCCAGAUGCUAGGCUUACUCAUGUCCAGUGCCAACACCAGGCCUCCACAGUGUUUGCAACCUGCCAGGUAUACUUAGUUACCUGCUAAGUGCUUGUUCCAAACAGGGAGCAGGAAGUGUAUGAAGGCUCUAGUGGGCUUCCAUACAUGACUAACAAAUGAUGCUCCAUCCAGAUUAGGGGUGGUGUGCCUGUAGCCCCUCAUAAGGUGUUGGGCUCCAAGUCCUAUCAGCCUAUGGAGGACAGGCUUCUAUUUGAAGACGUCCUCUAUUUGAAGGGCUGUCUGUUCGAAGGAGAAAGAGCCCUAAGAAGGAAGAGGAGCAGGGGCCAUGAAGUAGCCUAUCAACAGAGUCCUCACCUGCACAGCAGAUUGAGCAGGGACAUGGAUCACCUGCUCCCAGUCUUCCCCACUAGGGCAAGGUGUAAUGCUUCUCAAUUUAAUAGGGGAGCAGGUAGCACUGUGGUCUAAACCACUGAGCCUCUUGGGCUUCCUGAUCAGAAGGCUGGCGGUUUGAAUCCCCACAACAGAGUGAGCUCCCGUUGCUCUGUUCCAGCUUCUGCCAACCAGCAGUUGAAAAGCACACCAGUGCAAGUAGAUAAAUAGGUACCACCGUGGCAGGAAGGUAAACGGUGUUUCCAUGCGCUCUGGCUUCCGUCACGGUGUCCUGUUGUGCCAGAAGCAGUUUAGUCCUGCUGGCCACAUGACCGGAAUGCUGUCUGUGGACAAAUGCCGGCUCCCUCGGCCUGAAAGCGAGAUGAGCGCCACAACCCCAUAGUCGCCUUUGACUGGACUUAACCGUCCAGGGUAAGGUUACCAGACAUCCCCGUUUCCCAGGGACAGUCCCCAGAUUUACAAAUCAGUCCCCAUAGAAAAUCCAUUGAAGUUGAAAAGUGUCCCCAGAUUCAUUGAAAAAAAUCUGUUAACCUUAGUCUAGGGGUCCUUUACCUUUUUACCUACCUUUCUCAAUUUAAAUUUCUAAACUUGCACCUAUAUGCAAUUUUAUGCAAAUCAGUAUCCUCUUUGUCUGGUGACACAUUUCUUCAUUUUUGAUAAGGCAUAAGCGGGCCCCCUUUAGCAGCCCUGAGGUGGCACUUGGCCAAUGGUCAGGGAGUUGAAGCUGCCCAGAGUGGCUGGGGCGACCCAGUCAGAUGGGUGGGGUAAA